UUAAUUCUUAUUCUUAUAUUUCUUAUAGUCUUAUAAACUUUGUUUUUAUAUCUAAUAUGAAUGAAGAAUUUAAUGAUUUUGGACCAGAAUAUAAAUUGAAACCUGUAUCAGUUUGUAAAUGUAUAACAGAAGGCUCAUUAUCCGAAAAUUUUGUAAUAUCGGCACGUAAACAACAGAUUCUAAGUACUGUAGCAAGAACAGAAAGUUAUUUAAAAGAACGCCGUAUACCUGAAUUAUUACGCUUUCUAGUGACUAAAGUAAUUGCAGAAACAUCCAAUAAGCCAAUGGAUUAUUUGGAGAAGUUACUUGAUGAUUGUAUGUUAUUUCGUGCUGGUCAUGGACCAGCUCCAGUUUUGUAUGAAAGAAGGCACCUGGAAGCAGUAAUUAAAAGUUUUGAUCCUGGACAACGGGGCUGGUUAAGUACUGGGCAAAUACGUCGAAUUUAUACUACUUUGGGCAUUACUCCUCCAGAGAUUUUUGAAGAUAAGACCUCUUGCGAAGUAGUUUUAAACAGCUUAGAAAAAUCACAAGAAAUAGAUUUGUUUAGUUUGGUGUCAGCAGUGGGGGAUAGAACCUAUAAUGUUAAAAACGUGGUUCCUUAUCAACCUCAUCAUGAAGCAGUCGCCGAUAGACUUGUUCUCUUUGUGGUAGAUGGUCUAAGAGCAGAAUCGUUUGUUAAUUACACUACUAUGCCCUAUUUAAGGCAAAUUGCAAACUCGCAUGGCAGAUGGGGGAUAUCUCAUACAAGGAUGCCUACUGAAUCAAGACCAGGCCAUGUGGCUAUCAUAGCUGGCUUUUAUGAAGACCCAUCAGCAAUAGUCAAGGGCUGGAAAGAGAAUCCUGUAGAUUUUGACUCAGUUUUUAACCAAUCUAUUUACACAUGGUGUUGGGGUACUUAUGACAUUCUAGAAAUAUUUACUAAAGGAACAGUCAAUAGUCACAUAUAUGUAAAUAAAAUGGAUCCAUAUGAUCAAACAUUCAGUGCAGAUAAAAAUACAACUCUCUUGGACAAUUGGGUAUUUGAGAGUGUUAAAACAUUUUUUCAAAAUGCUCAUUAUGACAAAGAUCUAUAUGAGAAGUUGCAUCAAAAGAAAAUUAUCUUUUUUUUACAUUUAUUAGGAACUGAUACAUCAGGUCAUACUCACAAGCCAAUGUCACCGAAUUUUUUAACAACAAUUAGGUUUGUUGAUGAUAAUAUAAAGGCUAUUGAAAAAUUGAUAAGAAAUUUUUAUCAUGAUGAUAAAAAAACAACAUUCUUGGUAACAUCCGAUCAUGGCAUGACAGACUGGGGUUCUCAUGGCGCUGGACUCGACCAUGAAACUAAAACUCCUUAUGUAAUAUGGGGAGCAGGAGUGCAACAAGUAAAAAAGUGGCAACUUGAUCUUGACCCAGAAACAAAUGGUAUGUCAUUAAAGCACAGAUUAGAUAUAAAUCAAGCGGAUUUGACACCGCUUAUGUCCACUAUUCUAUCAAUACCAGUCCCUGUUAAUUCUAUAGGACAGUUGCCUUCAGAGUUGCUAAAUAUGACUUUAUCCAAUAAAGCAAAAGCCAUUUAUAGUAAUAGUAGGCAAUUGUUAUCACAAUACAAUACUAAGAGAUUGAAUGUAGAGACCAAUAUUAUACAAAAAAUAUACAAACCUUAUGAGCCAUUCAACGCUAGAAAAUAUCAAGAGAUUAUUGAAUUUACUGAAAAAAUCCUUUCAAAUGGGACUAAACACAAUGAAGAUUAUGAAAAAUUAAUACUCUUGAGUUUAGAAGUGAUGCAUUUAAGUUUGUCUGGAUUGAACUAUUAUCAUAAUUAUUACCAGCAACCACUACUGGUUUUAGUGACACUGUCUUUUAUAGGAUGGAUUGGAAUUCUACUAAAAACGUUAUUAGAACAAAAAAUGCAUACUCAAAUAGAGUCAUCUAAUAUGCAGAACAAAAGUUUGAAUAUUAUUAGAAAUAAGUUUCGAACAAGUUUAUUAAAUGCAGUGUUUUUAUUUCUGCUUGUCAUAUUUGUAUCUUUAGUAUAUGUACAAAAUUUGCCUUAUCAGUAUUAUAUUUAUGUCUUGAUGCCAAUUUAUUUGUGGUGGCAUACUCUGUCUUCUUUCAAUAUUUGGAUAUUGUUAAUAAAAGAUAUAAAAAGAGAUGGGGAAGUAUGUACAGUUUCGUCAGAAAUUUUAUAUUACACGUUGGGAUCGAUAGCCAUGGGUAUAUCAUUUACUCAUAGGUGGAUGCUGAGCAUACCAUUGUUAAGUAUGGGGGUCUGGCCUUACCUAUGUUCAUUGAAAAUUCAUUCAACAAAAUUACUAUUAUUUUUAUGGACUGUUGGUUGUAUGUUGCUUAGUAUUUUUUCAUUUACGCCCAUAGUUGGAAAAGACACUUACAUAGAGUUGGUUCUUUUGGCAGGAGCAAUUUGGUCAAUUGUAAUUGCCGUGUACAUGUGGAAAUUGUUACUACCACUUUAUCGUGAUAAUCGUGCGAGAAGGAAAGAUAUAGUAUUGACUAUUUUACAAUUAGUAUUAUUAAUUUUAUCUCUACAAAAUAUUUAUGUGCAAUCAAAAAGAUUUGACAGUGGUACAGCAGUGUCCCAAACAUAUCAAGCUAUGGCAUGGAUUAUUGCAGUUAUUUCAAUAGCAAUGCCGUUAAUGUUUUCAAGAAAAUUGAUUUGUCGUUUAAUGGCUAUUAAUACAUCAGUUUUAAAUUUUUACUUAUUAUUAUCAGUGUCGCAUGAAGGUCUGUUUAUGGUCGCACUGAUAUUCAAUAUGUCAUGUUGGAUUUGUAUUGAAUUUAAACUGCAGCAUUUUAAGAAUAUGAAGAUAAUUGAAUACACCUUCGCUAAUUUGGAGACGUCAAGCAAUUUAAUUCCAAUGGAACGCAGUAUUAGCAACCAAGAUUUUAGAAGAGCUUUCUAUUUUACUCUGUACAUUAUUCUAGCAUUUUUCGGUACAGGCAACAUUGCGUCAUUAAAUUCAUUUGAAAUUAGAUGGGUAACAUGUUUUAUAACGUCAUUUAAACCAUUCAUUAUUACUGGACUUAUAUUGUUGAAAACAUUGGCCCCAUUUUUGGUUGUGGCGUGCAGUUUUAGAGCAGUUCAGCAUUUGACAAAGGCACCUAUUGGAUAUCUAAUUAUAAUAGUAUUAAUUUAUUCCAAUAUAAUGGGAAUUCAGUUACUCUACAAUGUUAAGAAUACGGGCAGCUGGCUCGACAUUGGGACGUCAAUAUCACAAUUUGUAAUUGUCCAAGUUAUUACAUUAUUCAUUGUAUUGAUUAAUCAAUUAGCUAAGAUUUUGACUGAUCUUAAUAUUUAUUCCAUUGUUAAUCAAUUAUUUGGCAAAAGUAUUAAAAAAUAUGUUUAGACAAA